UCUGCAUGGGGCGAAGGGGGAAGCUGAUGCUUGAGCGCGUUCACGGAGGCGCGACUCUGAUUUUUUUUUCCGUUUGGCUCUACAAACCUCGAAGUUAUCCUCAUAUGGCUGUUACGAUAGUGAAGCAGGUUUAUGACUCAUGUUGAUCGAUAUCUACAGACUAAGCGAUUUAUGUCAAACGGUUUAAGAAAAUGAUCCACGAAUUGAUUUUUUUUCUUUGUUUUUUUGUCAUCUGCUUGGUGUUUCUGUUGCUGAGACAAAUGGAGUGAAGUCAUUGUCAGUGAUGGAGGGAGAUACUCUUAUUCUAGAAUCUAAUGUUACUGAAAUACAGACAUGUGAUGAGAUAGAGUGGACAUUUGGAAACAUUCGAAUAGCUAGAAUCAAAAGAGUGAGCGGUAUUUUUACCACAUCUUAUGAAGAUGAUUUGAGAUUCAUAGACUCCAGACUCCAACUCGAUAAUCAAACUGGAUCUCUCACCAUCACAAACACCAGACCUGAACACUCUGGUGUUUAUAAACGAACUAUCAUGGUCAGAAAUGAGCAAUCAAUCAAUAGUUACAAUGUUACUGUUUAUGCUCUGUUGCCCAUUCCAGUAAUCUUCAUUGACACGUUACCAUCCGCUUCAUCAUCUGAAAGAUCAUCGAGGAUCUUCUUGUGUUCAGUGGUGAAUGUGAGAGAUGUGACUCUUUCCUGGUACAAAGGAAACAGUUUAUUGUCCAGCAUCAGUGUGUCUGAUCUCAGCAUCAGUCUCUCUCUUCCUCUGGAGGUGGAAUAUCAGGAGAACAACACCUACAGCUGUGUAGUAAAGGAUCCUUUCAGAAACCAAACCACACAUCUGGACAUUACUGACUUCUAUUUGAUUUCAGACUCUUUCCAUUGUUGUGGCACUGUUGAAGCUGUGACCCGAUUGGUCAUCACUGCUGUGGUGGGCAUGGCUGCCGUGGCUGCUGUUGUUGUUCUGGUUUAUGACAUCAAAUCUAGAACAGGAGAGAAGAGAACAAACAUCAACAUCAGAAAAUAAUCAAUCAUAUCUUGUAAAUAAACAGUUGUGCAGAUGUAAAGGUUAGAGAUGUUCUGAUGCCCUUUUUCUCUUCCCGAUACCGAUUCCGAUACCUGGGCUCAGGGUAUCGGCCGAUACAGAGUACUGA